CUCGUUGUAUAGCAUUGAAUGACUGAAUGACUUGCGAUUCAUAAUUGAGUGCAACGUUUGUCUCAUAAGUUUCGGUUAGGAUUGCCAUCAUUCACACCAUCGUUAAGACUCGGAGGGCAUCCCAUCGGACACCAUAUACACCACACCAUCACUGCGUCCAUACAUCCCAUACACGCAAUGUUGCUUCGUGUGGAGACACCGGACGGCACCAAACGGGUCGACACCGCCGAUGACGAGUCCACCGAAGAGCUCAUCAAAAAAAUCCAACGCGUGUUUAACUUCGAGGACGUGUUUGGGUUCAAAGUAUUCAAAGACAGAUCCCAUAAAAUCCAAAUCCCGUUACUCGAGAGGAAGUACGUGAGAGACUAUGGCCUCAAACACGGGGACGUCGUCUACGCGAUCGCCGACAAGAGUGGCGAACAAAACAACACAACGCCGACGGCGCCCACGACGGCAUCGACAUCGACAGCGACGGUCACCGCCAGCGCCGCCAACAAUCAUAUCAUCGAUAACCUGACGAACGGCGCGGUGACUGAGGACGAGGUGGAUGUGGUUCUGUACGGCCAGUCGGGUCUCAUCGAGAGGCCGCCCGACCCGGCCGUCUGCCAUCACGGCUCGCACGCCAAGUGUGUCCACUGCACGGCUCUGGAGCCCUACGACGAGGCGUACCUCAAAGACCACAACAUAAAACACAUGUCUUUCCACACGUACCUCAAGAAACUGACGAACGGUAUCGACAAGGGCAAAUUCGCGAUUCUGGAGAACAUUAGCUGCAAAGUGAAGACCGGGUGCGCGGGUCACCUGCCCUGGCCUAAGGCCAUAUGCACCAAAUGCCAGCCCAGCGCCAUUACCCUCAACCGGCAGGUGUACCGACACGUGGAUAACGUGAACUUCGAGAACUCGUCGAUCGUCGAGAACUUUCUGAACUACUGGCGCACCACUGGCUACCAGCGGUUGGGCUUCCUGUACGGCUACUACAGCGUCCAUAAGGACGUCCCGCUGGGCAUCAAAGCCACGGUCGUCGCCAUCUACGAGCCGCCGCAGGAAAGUAGUCGUGAUUUCAUUAAACUCGUGGCGCCCGACAAGAAGGCGGCGGAUGUGGAGUUCAUCGCCAACGAGUUGGGCCUCAAACGGAUUGGUUGGGUGUUCACGGAUCUGAUUCCCGACGACAUCCAGAAGGGAACGGUGAAGCACUUGCGGAACGUCGAGACGCACUUCCUGAGCGCCCAGGAGUGCAUAAUGGCCGGCGCCCUCCAGAACAGUCACCCCAACACCUGCCGCUACUCACCCAACGGCCACACAUUCGGCUCGAAGUUUGUGACCAUUUGCAUAACCGGUGAUAUCAGUAACGCCGUCCAUAUGGAGGGGUAUCAGGUGUCCAAUCAGUGCAUGGCUUUGGUUCGCGACAACAUCCUGUUGCCCACGAAAGACGCGCCCGAAUUGGGUUACGUUCGCGAGACGAGUCGCGUGCAGUACGUGCCCGACGUCUACUACAACCAGAAGGACGGCUACGGCAACGAAGUGCAGGCGAUGGCCCGACCCCUUCCCAUCGAAUACCUGUUAGUCGACGUUCCCGUCUCCACACCCAUGGACCCGAAGUUCAGCUUUAAUCCGUUGAAGCACUUGAAAGCCUUUCCAAUAGAGAACCGGUUGAUUGAGGGACACAUUCAGGACUUCAACGCACUUUCCAAUUACUUGCGACAAUUCAAUGGCCAACAGUUCCUCGAAGCCGUGUCCGACUUUCAUCUGCUUAUAUAUCUCACGACAAUGGAUGCCUUACCGCUGAAGGAGACUAUGAAACCACUGCUUCAAGCCAUCAGGGCGUCGGACACGCAGCUGGCGAGUGAGUGGGCGCGCAGUGACCAGUGGGCGACCGUCGAGCAGCUCGUGCUCGCCAACACAUCCGCCCCGUCCACCUCCGCCUCCUCAUCCAACUCCAUGCCUACGAACGCGUCGACACCGGCAGUGGAGGUGCCGAAGUGGUCGUGUAGUUUCUGUACGUUUGAAAACGAUGGCAACACCAACACGUGUGAAAUGUGUAGUUUACCCAAAGAGACAUAGAGUUUGGGCACAGAUUACCGUUUUAUAUACAAUACUAUACUAUUAUUAAAUUAAUAUAAGUUAUGAUCAAUAUAUAUCUGUACAGAAUUACUAUUAUUAUUAUUUUAGUUAUACGAAAAAACAAUUAUUAUUAUUGAAUUGCAAAUAAACUUUUCGCUAUUAUAUUUUUAUCAAUC